ACAAGUCCACUUAUUAGUAACGAACGAACCUCUCUCUCACUCGUCAAUUUCUAUCGUAAAAGCAGACGCAGACGCAGACGCGAUGAGCUUGCCGUUUCUGAACGCGACAGGGAUCUCGUUGCCGUCGUCGUCGGGAUCAAUUCGGCGGAGAUCGCACAUUGUUUCACGACAGGAUCUUCCUGAAUUAUCGUCUAAAGCAGUCGUCUCUUCCCCCAGGCUUAGCUUCUCUCGUAACGACAGGUUUCUCUCGCCGGAGGUAUCGUCUCCGCUCCGAUCGGUGACCGUGAGAUCGCAAUUGAAUACGCCUCUCAUUUCAGGUAACGAUGAGUGGGGGACUUGGACUGCUCUCUUCGCCACUGGUGCUUUCGGUCUCUGGUCGGAGAAGACGAAGGUGGGAAGUGCGGUGAGUGGGGCGUUGGUGAGCACACUGAUCGGUCUUGCAGCUAGUAACCUUGGGAUCAUUUCUUCAGACGCUCCUGCUUUUGCUGUUGUCUUGAACUUCCUCCUCCCAUUAGCUGUUCCUCUCUUGCUCUUCCGAGCUGAUCUCCGCCGCGUCGUUCAGUCCACUGGAAAGCUUCUCUUGGCUUUCUUGAUUGGAUCAAUUGCAACAACUGUGGGUACAGCUCUGGCCUACUACCUAGUGCCAAUGAGAGCACUUGGUAAUGAUAGUUGGAAGAUUGCAGCUGCUCUCAUGGGGAGGCAUAUCGGUGGAGCCGUCAACUAUGUUGCCAUAGCGAAUGCUCUCGGAGUUUCACCAUCAGUAUUAGCGGCUGGACUCGCUGCUGAUAAUGUUAUUUGCGCUGUUUAUUUCACGUCUUUGUUUGCUAUAGGCUCCAAAAUACCUGCCGAAACCUUGCCUCCACCAACUAGUGAUGCAGAUGCAAGCAAGGAUUCUGAAUCUACAAACAAAAUCCCUGUGCUACUGAUAGCUACUGGAAUUGCUGUGUCCUUAGCUAUAUGCAAGGCAGGGGCUUUGCUAACAAAGCAUUUUGGGAUUUCGGGUGGUAGCUUGCCAGCUAUAACCGCCGUGGUUGUUGUUCUAGCGACAGUCUUUCCUUCACAGUUUGGUCGUCUUGCUCCAUCUGGAGAAGCCAUGGCUCUAAUUCUUAUGCAGGUGUUCUUCACUGUGAUAGGUGCGAGCGGAAACAUAUGGACUGUGAUAAACACGGCACCGAGCAUAUUCUUGUUUGCAUUGGUCCAAAUUGGGACACAUCUCGCUGUGAUAUUGGGCAUAGGGAAGCUGCUCAACAUCGAGCUAAGGUUGCUGCUUUUGGCAUCAAAUGCUAACGUCGGUGGACCCACCACUGCAGCUGGAAUGGCGACUGCAAAGGGAUGGAACUCGUUGAUCGUUCCAGGGAUUCUUGCUGGAAUAUUCGGUAUCGCCAUUGCAACUUUCAUAGGCAUUGCAUUUGGUGUGAAGGUCCUCAAGUUCAUGUGAAGAUGACUAAGUUUAUGAAUUGGACUCUCUGCUUUUCUUAUCCAAGCUCGGUUAUGUUGAUUUUGGUUGCAAGAUAAAAAAACCAAUAAAACUCGGAGUAUUUGCGUUACAUUGCAUUUUUCACUAAUAUGCCAAACUGGGAUGUUAGAAUCCUGAUGGUUGUUGUAGACUGACUCGGUUAUCUUUGUAGCAUAAAAUAAUGCUGUCAUAUUGCCAGGCU